CAGCGCCGCCUCUUCAUACAACAACACGAUUUGCAUUUAUGAUUCCUAUCACUUUAAAUCGCAAGCACUCAUGUGAAACUAGAAUGCAUUGAAUUCGCCAGCAGUUGGUCUGAAAAGGCGACUGCGUGAAAUAUAUACGCUCAUUCCGUGGUAUUUCGUCUAAAAUCUAGAGUUUCAAUACCGCGACUCGAGAGACAAGAAGCGUCUGCGCGACUCUCACUACGACACACAUCUUUACGACGAAGGCGAGAUGAGACAGGGCUCAGUCAAUGCCCAUAUCAGCGUCGCGGACGGGCCGAACCAAGGCGACUGGGUGAAUCUUCAGAAGACAACAUUUACGAACUGGGCACGCGAAAACAUUCGAAGAGCCUAUCCCGAUGAAACUAUCGACGACUUGGCCACAACUUUCGAGGACGGCGUCCGUUUGAUAAAACUUGUCGAGGUCGUCUCAGGCAAGAAGGCUGGAAGGUACAAAUCCAAUCCUAAAGUGUUCUCGCAGAAGUUGGACAAUAUCAAAAUGGCCUUAGAUGUCCUCGUCUACGAUGGAAUUAAAUUGGUCAAUAUAGGACCUGAAGACGUACACAGUGGCAACCUGAAGUUGAUCCUUGGUCUCAUUUGGCGAAUGAUCUUACAUUACCAGAUCAGUAGCAGUUCAAACGUCUCCGGAAAGCUCCUGUUGAUCACGUGGUUGCAAGCAGCUGCCCCUGACGUGGAAAUCAAGAAUUUGACCUCCGACUGGAACGACGGGCGAGCAUUCGCAGGUCUCAUGGAAUUCCUAGAGCCUGGCACCUACCCCGACUACAAAAACCUAAGGGUUUCGGAUAAUAAAGAAACCGUAACCAGAUGCAUGAAUAUGGCAGAAGAGAAAUAUGGUAUCCCGCAAGUUAUUUCCCCAGAAAUGGUCGUGAGCCAGUUCCAGGAUGAACUUAGUAUGAUGACGUAUUUGUCAUACUUUACCCAAGUCGGCUCUCCUGGCGAAAAAGCCACGUUACGAUUCGUCAAUGACUCUUCUCCAAACCUUCGCGUGACCAAUUUCAACACGGACUGGUCGAACGGCGUCAACCUGGUGAGAUUCUCGGAGAGCGUUUGCCCCGGAAUAAUCCCUAACUACGAGGAAGCGCUUGAAAAGCAGUCACCUGCCGAAAAUGUCGACAUGUGUUUUGAUGCUGUUGAACGCAAUGUCAAUAUUAAAAGAACGAUGAACACCAAAGACGUUGUAUCAGGGAAUAUUGAUGAGUUGAGCUUGAUGGCCUAUGUCCUGCAAUUCCGUGGCGUGAAGGUGCAGGAUAACUCGAAUCAAUUCAAGGUCGAUGGGCCUGCCUUACGAAAUGGAAUGGUAGGAAAUACAGCUGAAUUUGACGUUGUCGCCAACCGUGGAAUGACCUUCGAAAACUUGCAAGUCUCCGUUGAAAGUCCCAGUGGUAAUAAAGUUCCGGUGACAUGCGAGGAGACCGGAGUUGGUUUGCACUGCUCGUAUCUACCAACGGAAAGCGGCACCCACGUGAUCAGUGUACGCCAUCUUAACAAUCACGUACCGCUCAGUCCGUUCCGCACAGCUAUACGAGAAGAUGUUUCGGAAGUUGCGAUUUCAGGUGCCGGAUUAAAGAGUGCGGUUUACAGGGACAAAACAGAGUUUCAGGUAUCGUCUUCUGGCUCGCACACCGCGCCUCUAGCGGUUGCCGUCCAUGGUCCAACGUCAACCAUUCCAGCGGAGAUAAACGAAGCGAAUGGAAAGUACGAGGUGUCAUUCGUCCCUACCGAAGUCGGUGAACAUAGCGUCGACGUCCGUUUUGGAGACACUUUGGUUCCGGGGAGUCCAUUCAAGGUUAUGGUCGGCGAUCCGAAACGUGUCGUAGUUCCAGAAAGAGAGGCAAUGGAACAAGGCUUCCUGAACAAGCCUGUCGAGUUUAACGUCGACACAUCCAAUGCUGGUCGUGGAACGUUGACCGCAUCUGGUCGAGGGCCGAAUGACAAGGUGAACGUUAACAUUCAUGAAAUCGGCGACACUCUUUACAAAGUUUCAUUUUUGCCCUCAGAAGCUGGCGAAUACACUAUUCAAGUAUAUUACAACGGCAAAGAAAUCGGCAGUAGCCCAUUUACAACCACAAUUGCUGAUCCUGGAAAAGCUGUUGCCCACGGCGAAGGUCUUUACCAAGUUCGUCUUCACGAACGAGAAGAAUUCCUCGUCAGCCUUCACGGUGCUGGAAAAGGCCAAUUGGAGAUCGCGGCUGUUUCACCCUCCGGCGAGACUGUCCCUGUUGACUUGCAAUUGUCCGACUCGGAGCCAGAUACGUACGUCGUCAAUUACACGCCGAUGGAAAUUGGCGAUCAUAAGAUUUACGUGAAGUUUGCAGGCAUCAACGUCCGCGGCAGUCCUUUCAUCGUAAAAGUUGCAGAUCCCAGCAAGGUGUUGAUACAAAUGUCGAGCCUGACCGAGGCCCAAAAUGCCAUGGUCGUCGACAAGGAGGUGGUAAUCCCACUGGAAGUCCUACCAGGUGCUGGCGAGGGAGAGCUCGAGGCUGAGAUCGCUGGACCAGGGGAUGUGGCAGUGGAGUCCAGCUUCACCCGACAGUCAGAUACCUUGUACCAUUUCCGAUUUAUUCCGCCGGUGUCUGGAGAGUACAUCAUCAAGAUGUUCUAUGGUGGUGGUCUGGUCGGUGGUCAUGCAUUGAAUGCCUUCGUUAAAGAUGCAUAUGUGAGAGCGGAUGCAUCAAAAUGCGUCGUUUACGGUGAAGGAAUCAAAGAAAGCAAAGUAGACGAACGUGGCGAAUUCAAUAUCGACUGUCGUGAUGCAGGGGAAGGGGUGAUCACGGCAAAACUUCAAGGAGUCAAAUAUACGACGGACGUCGAAGUUGAGAACAAAUACGACGGCACAUACGACUGCCAUUACCUCGUGCCCAUUCCUGGCGCGUACGUGCUGCACGUGCUGUUCGAUGGCGAGAACGUCCCUGGUAGUCCUUUCAAAGUAAAUAUAACUGGUCAUUCUGAAGUCUCGCAGUGUAUCGUGCGUGGUGAUGCUCUCACUAAAGGAGGCUGGGUUGGUCGACCAAUGGUCUUCUCUGUAGUGUCUGGAUCCUCAGGCUCCGGGCUGUUGGUCGUCCGAUGUCAGGGUCCAAGUAGGGAUUGCGACGUAGCAGCCUACGAUAAUAAGGACGGUACAUACAGUGUGGAGAUUUAUCCAACAGAAACAGGUCGACAUCUAAUUUACGUGGAAUGGGGAGGGAAACCUGUGGAAGGCAGCCCAUUUGUGGUGAAAGUGACCAUGCCACCAGACGCAAGCAAGGUCGUAGCUCACGGCACGGGUCUUGAACAUGGCGUCGUUAAUGACUACGAGGGGAAAUUCAUGGUGGAGACAAAGGGAGCCGGGGCCGGCACGCUCAAGAUCAAAAUUCAUGGGCCAAAAGGGGCGUUCAAGGUGGAAAUGUUCCGGGAAAACACCAAGGACAGGAACAUCGGUGUCCGAUAUAACCCGACGGAACCUGGUCGGUACGAUAUCAGCGUAAAGUGGGCGGAGGAACAUGUGCCUGGCAGUCCUUAUACUGUGUACGUGGGGGCGAACGAUGAAGAUUUAAGACGGCUCUCUGGUAACCAACCAAAUGGAUACAAUGGUUAUGCUGAUAACAUCUAAAUGAUUCAACCUAGAAAAACGUUUAUUUAUUUCUUGUUCCAAUAUGUGGACGGCGCUGGAAUACGCAAUAUCAAAAUUUCUAGCAGAGUUUGGUAGUAUCGUAAACGUGAACUUUUAAAUAACCGAUUAGAUAGUUGUGUGAAGCGAACUGUUAUAUAUAAUCUCAAAGAAUGCACUAACUCGUAUAUUUAUUAGAAUUUAGAACAUUUAAAUCAGGUAAAACGAUCGAAUACAUUCCAUACACGAUGUUCUACAUUUUCUUUGAUGAAGUUUGUUAAGAUCGAAUAUUUAGGUACAAGCUUAGCUACAAAUAUAUAUUUGCAUGAUUCGGCUACUUCACGUGGAAAUGGUGGUUUAAAUUUCGGCUCAUUGCAAAAUAUUUAUGCUAAACUUUGUACCAAAUGUGCGUAUAUUGUCAAAUGAAGCGUAUAGUUUUUCAAAUUAGAUGUAAAUGAAAUAAAGAUAAAA